AGGAGGAGGAGAAGAAGAAGCGCCUCUCCGGCUCUGCCUCCACACUGAACGCGGGGACGGAGCGCGUCUAUCCAGCGCAUCACAAUCCAGGAAAUGCGGACUUGUGGCCCUUUCGCUGCGGGAUAAACGGCGCCGUGGCGAGCCGUGCCUGUGAAGCGUCUCUGAGGGGGAAGACCAGACUGCUCUGUCAGACCCAUUCAGAAGCUGAGCGGCUAACACUCUUGACAACCAACAAAGGAGAUGCAGAGAAGACCUUGGAAGGCCUGUUAGGAUGGCUGAGGCUAGACAGAAGCAGAGCUGCUUUGUACAGAGAGAUGAUCCAUGUUUACCUGCAUCCAUACAGCUCCAGGGCACCUUUUAAUGAUGCCUCAUUUGGUCCUCUUGAAUAACUUUUGGCCCACUCUGAAAAAGGUCCUCCAUUUUGAUUUACAACUCAGCCUGUCCAUGUUCCCCUGCCUCUGACCUCUCUGCUGCCAUGUGGUUAGACCAAUGAGGCUCAGGGAGCCUUUCGUUACGCGUCUGUGAGGCCUCCUCCACACUCUAUGGAGGCUGAGCCCACCCGUCCAGCUGAUGGGGAGCGCUCUGGAAGGCAAGAGCAGCAGCAUGUGACAGCUGAAACUUCACUCGAGUCUUGUCCACCUCAGCAGCCCCAGCAGCCUUCCAAUCCUCGUCCCGUGCACAGAGCCUUGGGCCGCUUGCAAAACCGCCAGCCCAGACGCACUGACCUUCUGCUUCGGUUGCAGCAGCAGCAAGCGGUAGCAUGGCAGCAUUCGGACACCGCAGGUCCCUCAGGAGGCAGCUUCCUGUCUACAGCUUCGUCAUCAACCUCAUCCCUCCCGUCUACGUCCUCCACCCGGGGUGACCAUGGUCAGGGGGUCCCGUCUCACGCCAGCCAAGAGGGAUUAGAAGGUGUCAGCUCACCCAAAAAGGGGGAGAAGAAACCACAAAAACCAGGGAAAUAUGUGUGCACUUUCUGUGGCCGUCCGUGUGCCAAGCCAAGCGUUCUUCAGAAACACAUACGCUCCCAUACAGGAGAAAGACCCUACCCUUGUGCCCCCUGUGGCUUUUCUUUCAAGACCAAGAGCAACCUAUACAAGCACCGCAAGUCCCACGCCCAUCGCAUUAAAGCAGGUCUGGCGUCCAGUCGUGAUGAGCCCAGUUUUAGCGGUCCGGAGGGCAGUGGUGUUGGAGAAGACCCCGAGGAACACACAGAAGGAGAAAGCACUGAGUCUGAAGAGGAGACGGGCCAGCACAGAAAAUCCUCUUCUAAGGAGACGCUCAGUCAGCAGAGGAAAGGCGGUAAGGAGCGGCUGGGAGGCUCCGAGGAGAUCCAGAGGCCUGAAGACUCCCAGGCGGUCAAGCAGAGACUGGCGUUGAGACUUAGUGAGAGGAAACGUGGCCCCAUGGCUUCUCCAGAUGACCCUCCAUCCUCCCUCUCCACCUCAUCUUCCUCUCUCGGCCCCGGCAGUAAGGGCAGCACAGAGUCCGGCUACUUCUCUGGAUCGGGCAGUACCGACCUGUCUCAAGUUAGCCCCCCUAGUUCCAGUGCCAAAACCUACGCGGAAAUUAUUCUCGGGAAAUAUGGAAGACUGGGAGGGCAGCAGCGCAGUCCCCACCAGCAGCAGCCUCAUUCUUCACAUUCCUCAUCCUCAGGAACCGAGGAGAAGAGCAUUCCCUUCACUGUACCCAAAACUCAAGUCAUCGAACACAUCACCAAGCUCAUCACCAUCAAUGAAGCAGUAGUAGACACGAGUGAGAUUGACAGCGUGAAGCCACGACGCUCCUCCCUGUCCAGGAAGAGCAGCAUGGAGUCGCCCAAAUUCACUGCCCACAAAGAUCCAUACGCAUUCGAUCCCAAAGGAGAAGUUGCAGGCCCCAGUGGUUUGAGGCACCUCCAGAAUCCCGAGGCAGAUCCUUCAGGUACACAGGAGCUGUCAGCAGUGCCUCUGCUUAGAAGCCACUCGAUGCCAUCGCCUACCAGCCAAGGAGAGCCCUUCACCUCUGGCACCAUGUCUCCCAGAGGUUACCGCCUCUGCCAGUCGUUUGAUGAGCAGCAAGCAGUGGUAGCAGAGAUGAGGGUUGGCCAAGCCCAGCGUAUGCUCAGGCGCCAGCCUGCCAUAGAAGUUCCCCUGGGAGCUGAGCUCAUGCUGGAAGAGGCCGGUCCCACCUCCUCCUCCUCCUCCUCAGCCAGAGGCACUGAACCAGCCAGACAGCCACAGCAACAACAACAGCAGAAGAGUCCCAGCCUGUUUGAAUGUGGAGCAUGUGGGGCACGCUUCCAAUACAGUGAAGGCUACGAGGCCCACAGGGGCAUCUGUCUGGGGCACGAACAAGAGAGCAGAGAUGCGAGUAAAACAUGCAGGGAGGAUCGCCCCCUGAUGAUGCACUAUAAGUUCAGAGCGCUGGCCAUGGCUGUGAGGAAGAGGAGGAAAGAGGAGAGUCUGGAGGAGGAUCCUCCCAGCCCAGGACCUGUAGCCAUGUCAGGCAGCUCUGCAGGCCUCAUUCCAGUGCCAAGCAGACCAGAGCACAGCCAGGCCCUCUCAGGUGUUUCUUUACAGACUGAGCCAAACCAACAGCAGCAGCAGGACAGGAAGGGUGUGUCUGUCAUCCAACACACUAGCUCUUUUGAGAAGCAGGAGAGCAUAUCAAUGGAAAGUCAGGGACCAGACCUCAGAGAGAGUCAGCAAACACAACAACCCGAGCCAAAACCAUCACCCUCUACAUCUCGCCUCAUCCGCCAGCCAAACAUCCAAGUGCCAGAGAUCCUUGUUACUGUGGAGCCUGAUGCUGACAUGCCAUCUGUGUCACCCCCAGUGACAGCAUCCUCAUCCAAGGAGGCAGAGAGAGUAGAGGAGUUCCACUGGCCUCAGCGAAGCCAGACACUGGCCCAGCUCCCUGCAGAGAAGCUGCCACCAAAGAAGAAAAGACUCCGCCUUGCAGAAGCUGCGCAGUCCUCUGGGGAGUCUAGCUUUGAAUCUCUGUCUCUGCCUCGGAGCCCAAGUCAAGAAAGCAACAUCUCAAGCGUUUCUGUUUCAUUCGAGGACACGGCGAGAUCCGAGCCAGUCAUCUGGGCCUCCGGUAGCCAGAGCUCCCAGAUGCUGAUGGUGCCAUCCGCUUCUCACCAACAGCACCAAAGCCACAAGGAGAUGAGGCGCUCAGCCUCAGAGCAGGCCCCAGCUAGCCCACAACAAUCAGAACAGAUCGCAGAGAACAGAAGUAAAUCUUUUGACUAUGGAUCCCUGUCCCCCCAGCAGUCCACAUCCUCCUGGAAAGAAAGGAGAAAGUGUCUCCUUGUGAAGCAUGCCACCUUAGGGGAACCUGAGCAGGAGGUGGGGGGCAGAGAGUCCAGAGCAGAGAGUCCAAAGCCUGGUCCUUCACACUCCACCUAUCCUCCUCUCUACCCCUCUGAGGUAGGCUCCCGGUUCAGCCUGGAAGCCACAGGAAAAGCCUUGCAGCUGUUGCAGCCACAAAUCUUCCCUUCCUCUCAGGAUGUGCUCCCGUUGCAGCCCAGAAGCCAGCAAGUGUUCCCUCUUGCGCCACUUUCUCAGCUAUUCCCCGUCACCACAGCCAUAUCUGAAGUACUGUCCUCCCAUGUCAUCCACAGAGCCUUCUUACAUUCACACACAGGGUCUUCACCGAUACAGAUACACCCGGCGCAGAUCCACAUGACAGAACGGUUGGGAAUACCACUCCAUCAGCUUCCCCCUUUCGUUCCUCUGCCGUUCUCUUCCAGGACUCGAAGUAGUCAGGCUUUGUACUUACCUGGUCCUCCAAGACUGACCACGCAUAUUCCUGCCCUUCGCACCACAGAGAGCAGACCGUCCCUCUCGUCCAUGUCUUCUGCGGAUCAAUCCCUCGUAACAAUCUCCUGCCACCACCCACGGCCGGUCAUCGCCACAUGCCUGGCUCAGCUUACACCAGUAGUGUCUCUUGUGGUGCCAGUGCGCCUCCAGACUCAUAUACCUACAUAUGCCAGUGCCAUGUAUACCACUCUGUCCCAGAUUCUGGCCUCCACCCGCUCACAGGAACCAACGUCUUGUACAGCUAUGGUCAUCAUGGGCCAGGUGGAGCAGGACAAGCUGCAAAGGACGUACUUGAAGGUCCCCUCCCCAGACAUCAAGAGCCUUCUUCCCCUGUCCCUGCCAACAGAGCUGGCCUCAGGCUCGGGGGAGGGAUAUGGUCCACUGGGGGCUGGAGGAAGCAAACGAAUGCUUUCUCCUGCCGCCAGUCUGGAGCUCAGCACAGAGGCACAUCGUCACCAGAAACGGGUGAAAGAGGAAGAGGAGGGUGAGCAACACAAGGCAGGAGAGGAGGAAGAGGAGGAGGAGGAGGAGGAGGAGGAGGAUGCACAGCUGAAGGUAGGACAGGAGGAAGAACACAAAGCAGCCGGGAAAAAACUGGAAGAAGGAGAGAAGAAACAACCAGACAGGGUAGAAGUGACAACUGUGAAAGUGGAAGAGGAGCAGGACCAAGUACCAAGAAAAAACAACAGGGACGCACAGAAGGAGGAGAAGGAGUCAACUGAGAGGACGAGUCAAAAGAAGGAGGAGGUGCCAACUGUGGAAAAACGGAUUGAGAGACCAAGCACACCUUCAUACCCCAGCCUCGAUACCUCCACCUCAGUCAACUGGUGCUACCGGCAGUACGUCAAACCCAACCCAUCUGCCCAGAGGGACCCCCGAGCUUCGGUUUAUUCCACCUGGAGCGUCAGUGCUCACAACCCCAACUUGCCAGGCCUCAGCACUAAGGUGGCCUUGUCUCUGCUGUGCUCCAAACAGAAACACAGCGCUGAGACAUACACCAUGGCCACGGCACCGUCGCCAGCAAAGGGAAAACUGGCCCCUGCGACUAGCAGGACCCCACGUAUGUCAGAGGUACAUGCCACCCCACCCAGCACCCUCACUGAAGUAACGGAUCAGCCGCAGCACGAAAAGGAGGAAACUCAGGAACGCCGGGAACGAAAAGAGCCGGGAGACGAGGAAGGACCGUCCACCUCCAAGCAGGCCGAGCCUUCUCGCGUUCGCAUCUUUGAAGGAGGGUACAAGUCCAAUGAAGACUAUGUUUAUGUGAGAGGUCGCGGUCGGGGAAAGUACAUCUGUGGAGAGUGUGGCAUCCGCUGCAAGAAGCCAAGCAUGCUGAAGAAGCACAUCAGAACGCACACUGAUGUCCGUCCAUACAUUUGUAAACACUGCAACUUUGCCUUCAAAACCAAAGGAAACCUUACAAAACACAUGAAGUCGAAGGCUCAUGGGAAAAAAUGCCAGGCGAUGGGAGUAUCUGAGUCAUCACUGGAUGAGCCGGAGAGCGAGGAAACAGCAGGAAGUGAUGAACGCGUGUGCGGCUCCGAGGAGCAGGAGGAACAUCAGUUUUCUGACGUGGAGGAGUCCGACGAUGAUGACGACAACGACGAUGAGGAGGAGGAGGAGGAAGAGGAGUCCGCGUCCCACGAAGACCCGCCGUCCUCCUGUUCGUCAGACACCCACCCGUCCACAGGGGGGCGCUCCAGCAGCAGUCGGCACUCUCAGCAGGGCACUCCCGACCCCGAGCCCCCGGGUCACAGCCCCAGUCAGGAGCCCUCCCCACGGGGAGUUUGGCCCGGCAGGCGAGCGGCCUCGCCGGGCAGCAGGAGGGCGCUGUUCUCCCGGCGAGGCUGGAAGGCGUCUCCGAGGGCCUUCUCACCCAGCAGCGAGAGCUGUUCCCCCAGCCGCAGCCUCUCCCCCCGUCUGGAGCUGUCCUCGCCCAUCCACAGCCUCUCCCCCAGGACCGAGCUGUCCUCGCCCAGCAGACACGUCUCCCCCUCUCCCGAGAGAGGACCUUCUCCCAUCAGACCCCUUUCUCCUCUUUGUCCCAUUUCACCCAGCUGCUACCGGUCACCACAAGUUCGGACUCCUCCCUCACCGCUGGGGCUGCAGCACAGAACCCCUGGAUACCUGCCCUGGGAGAACCCCGGUCCAACGGGACGCUAUGUCAGACCGGAGAAAAGUGGAACAGCAGGAGAAGGCUCAGAAACCAGCUUGUUUCCUCCUACUUUCCGUCUUUCAACUUGCGAGGCGUAUCCUGGCCAACAAACAGGCGACAACAUCUUCAGCCAUCUUCCCAUGCACUCCCAACAAGCCAGGGUCCCCUAUCUGAUGAUCCCCAUCGGAGGGAUCCAGAUGGUGCAGGCCAGACCAAGGUCCCACCCGACCACCCCCUCAUCCCCAACGUCUCCCCCUCUGGAGGGGCCGUCGCUGGCCAGGUUUGAAUCAUACUGGGGCGGGACCCCCAGGACUCAAGGGCUCAGGACUCCUGGAGACCGCUGGUCAGAGCACCAGGCAGCAGGAACCAGCCAGUCGGGGCGGCGCAGCGUUAGCACAGCACUAACAUUUUCCAAACCAGAGUCGGAGACCACGGACUCAAAGCAAUAUGGCAGCUCGCACAGCUCCGUCCACGGCCGCAGGUCUGCCACUGAGACCACCGAACACUGCGCCAGAGACAGUCGUUCCAGAGCAGCCCUCAGUCGAGCAGCGCCAGUAGCCUCGCGUGUCAUUGGACAACAGCCACGGAGGGAGGAGCUACAGUCUGGUAGUGAUCCAGUGGAGAGAGGAGCUCAAGGAGACUCAGCCAGAACAGACCAGAGCACUUAACAGUGUCCACACCUUGAUGCACCUUGCAUCCCAUUUUGCUUUAUUGGUUGCUACACUAGUUUUGUUUUUUUUUAUUGCUUUGUUUUUAUACAGUUUUCAAUACUCUUGUUAACUUAAAUGUCUGUUCUUUGGCAAUAUUCAGGUUUGUUAUAAAAAAAAAAAAAAUGCACUUUUUUUCUUUGUGAAAUAAUGUUUCUGUAAAUCUAUAUAUAUAAAUUAUAUAUAUAUAUAUAUAUAUACACAUAAAUGAAUAUAUCCCUCCUGUAUCUAUUCUGAUACUGGUAAUCGUAAUGUUCGUUUAAAGACAUGUAAAAGGAAUAUAAAUAAAUUUGUAAAUGACCAAAAUCUUUCAUCAGAAAUAAUUCCAUUUUCGUUUGUCCAGUAUUACUCAAAUUGUAGUUACUUGUGCCUUUUCUGUCCAGGUUUGUGUUUUUGAGAUGUACAGUACAGAUAGACAAAGAGAAGGCUGUGAAAUUUUAUAUCUGCUUUUUUUGUCUGUGUUCUUCAGGAGGGUUAAUAUUUGGUGUUUCGGUUGUUUCUGUUCUAAAAGGCCAUUGCUUUAACACCAGGGUAACCGAGCGUUGCGUCGUGGAGAUUCUGAAGGAGCAGCAGAAAUGUGUCAAAGGAAAUGCACUGAAGUUCUAUUUUUAUUACAAAAAGAGUUUAGAUUAGAAUAUAUGUCUGUACAGGGAAGAGUGCUCCUUAUUUAUUGUUAUUUGAUGACAAUGAUCGCUGUUUCAAGGUUGUUGUUUUGUUUUUGUUUUUUUUCUUUUUUUAACUUUUUGUUAUUGGAAAACAAAAGAGACUUUUUUGUUACAUCUGUGUGUCUUUUUCAUGAUGUUCUUGUAAUUUGAACUGGUGACAAAGAUGAGAGAUUGAGUUUGGCUGGUACCAGAAGAUCAAGUGCCCUGCAGAUUUCACACAGCAAAAUUUCUAGUCAUUGAAGAAAUAAAAAAAUGCACCAGA